AUGACAGACUACACCGAUACCACCGGAACCACCUACGGUACCACCUACGACACAACCGGCGCUACCACCGGCUAUGGUACCACUGGCACCACAUAUGACAACACAGGCUAUGGCACAACUGGCUACGGCACCACGGCUGGCACAACUGGCUACGGCACCACGGCUGGUACCACGGGCUACGGCACCACGGCUGGUACCACGGGCUAUGGCACCAGGGGCUACGGAAGCACCGUGGGCACUGCGGGCAGCACCUACGAUAACGGCUAUGGCACCACCGCCUACGACCCCAGCACGGGAGCCUACGAUCAACACAUGGACUAUCGCACCGAUGGCUCCACCAGACAUCACCGUGAGAGAGUGAAUCCCAGCGGCACAUACCGACACCGCGACGUUGACCGCCGCGAUGACGGCUCCGUCCAUGUCCAUAGGGAAUACGAUAACCCAAACACCGGGACCAGCUACCACCGGGACUACGAGCGGUAG